CAAACAGUGGCGUAGCGCUGGACGGUGGUGGCGUCACAGCGAACUAAUUGAAUGAGUGUAUGGUUUGUAAUAAUUGAGAAAUAGAUGAAAUUUCCAAAAAUUAAAUCAGAUUCUAAUGAAGUUAACAUUCAAUCCACGACUGGAAUUGGUAAACUUUGAGGAAAUUUCGUCCUCGACUGCUGCCCUGUAGAGAAGGAACAGUUAUAUCAUGGAUAAAAAAGUUGAGGAUCCAAUUUCUAAACAUCGCUGCUGCGUUUCACAAUGUAAAUCUAGAAAUACUAGUGAAAUUACUCUCCUAAAAUUCCCCCGUGAUGAAAACCUCAGGAAGAAAUGGGCUGAAAAACUCAAGAUUGAGGAAAACGCCACCACAAACCUGUAUGUGUGUAGUUUGCACUUUAAGCCCACCGAUUUUCAGGCCUUAGGCUAUCCUUUUAUCAAACAUAGGUUGAAAAGAGGAGCUAUUCCCUCAGGGAAGAUACCCAAGGUUCCCCAGAAAUCUCAGAAAAAGGCUGGACGUAGGAAUUUGAAGCUUAAGGGUAACACUUCGAAUGCUGUGAAAACCAGGAAGACAAUGAAUAAUGCAAAACAACCCCCAACAUCACCUGACGAUUCUGAUGAUGAACCUCUGACUUGUAAAGAAAUUUUGAGACGUUGCCUUAAUAAGAACAAUACAAUCGGAAGCAGUAGUAAAAAUUCAUUUUCUGAAAGGAAGGCAGAAUCUCCUCAAGGAGUCAAGAAGAAAAACCCAGUUACGCCUUUCGUUUUUGUUGAUGUAAGUCAGAUAAAAGAGAACUCUGAAAAAAAAUCCAUACCAAGAUUUGGUAGGCACCAACCAAACAUUUUGAGGAAUAGACGAUUCGUAACACACGCGUCUUCUCAAACCCCAUCAAGAAAACCUGUUACUAGAUCGAUAGGAACUCAAACCGAAGCACUACAAAAUUUUAAUAUUGAAUCGGAAUUUCCAAAGGCUAGAUUCAGCAAAAACAUCGAUUUUUUGAGAAGAAACUUGGUAGGGCACGCUUUGAGAAUCAACGGAAAUACUUUCAGGAUCAACGAAUGUUCGAUCACUUUCAAGAAUGAAGAUGAAACAAAGGAUGACAUAAGCAGGCUGAUAAUUCAACCUGGCCACUUGAUUUCAUCGGGAAGGCUUAUGUUGACUUCCAUUCUUGAAAGCUGUGAAUCUGACAGGAUUCCAAAAGGUACAAAAACAACCCAGCAACCAGCUAAAGAUUCAACCAAGAGCAACCUUCCAACAUCAUCGCAGAACAUUGAAAAUUCUGUACCAAACGAGCAUAAUUAUACGUUGAAAAGAGAUUCGUUCGGUACGAAAAAAAAUCCAAGGGUUCGCAAUCCCGAGAUGAAAAAAGUGACUGAAAAAUUAGUUCGCCCGGUGUUCGAUAAAGAAGUUAGGGUGAAGUUGAACAAGUUACCUAAGGAUUUAUUGGACGCCUACAAGAAAGGGCACAAAAUAAAAGUGGGAACGGAGGAGUUUCCACAAAAAGGAAGGCUACUUCGGAAGUACACGAUAACGGUGAUAAGAAAAGAACCUGUUAAUCCCAUUUCGUGUGAAAUAUGCGAUAAAGUAUUUAUAACUGCAGAUGCCUUAAACCAACACAAGAAAUUCCAUACAGACUUACAGAAAAGUCCACCGGUAACCAAUCUGGAUCGACAAAGACUAAAUAGCGUAGAGGUUGUUGAACAACAACAGCCAAUAGCCGGAACCACAGAUACAGAUGAGAAAAACUUCGUUUGCGACAUGUGCCACAGAAGAUUCAAGCACAAUCACAGUUUCGUUUAUCAUAGGAGAAUCGUGCACGGAAAGAAUGAAGGAAACGAGUCCAUACCUGAAAGCCUUAACGAAGAAGAAAAAAAUGACAAAAUAUAUCGCAAAAUAUUACAGAAUCGCACGAAGGUAAGGAAUAGCGAAGAAGUGGUAAACCAACAGCCGAUAAAGGAAGCUACUAGUACGGAUGAGAGGCAGUUCAACUGCCCCCUGUGCAAGAGAUGCUUCAAGUAUCUUCACAGUUUCAACAACCACCUGAGAAUAAUCCACGAUUGGGGCGAAGAAGAUGAAUACAAAACUGAGGAUCAGAGUGUGGAGGGCCAAAUAGGGCAAGAAAAUACGUGUCCCGAGUGUCCCAGUACAUUCGGGAGCCCAAAAGACCUGGAUAAGCACCUUCUGGACAAACAUCAAACGGUCCUGAAGAAACCGAUGUACGAAUGCAAUAUUUGUAAGAAAAUCUUCAUUACCUACAGAAGUUUGAUGUACCACGAGGAAAAAACGCAUAACGCAGAAAUAAAUAAGGAUGUACUCAUCAAAUAUAGAUGCGGAACUUGCAAAAAGCUCUUCGAAAUUGAUUACUACUACAAAAGUAACCACGAGAAAGUGUGUAAAGCAGAAUGGGCAAAAAAAAAUGCCGAGAAGACUGUUUCGAACCCUGAUUUGGACAAAUCAACUACUCCGAGCGGACCCAACAUUGGGGAUACAACAAAGAAAGAAAAGUCAUCAACGUACCUUCGAGAAGAAUCAUCCAAAAAAGAGGAAAAGAAAAAAGGUAUUUCAGAAAACGAGACAAAUGUAAGGAAGAGGAAGAAUUCCGAAGAUGCAAGCAACACAGAGAAAAAGCUGAAAUCAGCGGAAGAACCAAAUGAAAUAUUAAAUAGACUAAAGAAUCUUCUCGGUUCGACUGACGGACCUAAUGAUAUAACCAUUGUUAGUAUAGAUGAAUAAUAUUUUUGUUGUAUACGUUGAUAUUUUACAUUUAGAUGUUAACUUUCUGAACAGAAAAUUCCUUUCAUUUUCUGUAAUAAAUACUUUUAUUACA